AUGGAAGCGAUGCUUCCCGCCCCCGCCGUCGACCAGGCCGCUCCCCUGCCCGACAGGAGCAACGGCUGGCGCUACCUGGGCCCCCGAGAGGGAGAAAUCUACAGGCGCCAGGCGGUCUUCGGGGCCGGGCUCCUGGUGCACCCGUGCGACGCCGACACCUGGCGGGCGACCUUCGUCAACGUCGAGGGCGGCGGCCACGGACAGCUCGUGGUCUCCGCCGCCGACGAGACCUGGCGAGUCAUCCUAUGCUGGGGAUCACGGGGCCGAAGGAUCGACGUCAACCAGCACGGUAUCCCUGCAUCUCCUGUGGAUCUGCAGGUUUGCACAGGUGUCACAUCGGAGGAUCCAUGCUUCAGACAGCUCAAUAGCGCAUCCUUCGGCCACCGACUCGUGAAAUACGAUCCCUUGACCGAGUUUGGAUCUACGUGGAAGGAGAGCCUCCCGGGUACCUGUCUGGCGGUCCUGGUCGCAGACUCGUGGCAAGACUGUCAGGUCGAUCUACGCGCACGCGAUCGACGGAGAUUUGGGUUCCGUGACGUAGACCCGCUGACCGGAACCUUUGGUCGUUGCGCGAACAUGACGGAGGCAAUCCUCUCCUCGAGCCAGACGGAGACGGACCAGAAGACCGCUCGUAAGCGGCGGAGAGGAGCCGAUGACACGGCAGACAGCAAGAAGACCUGGUACGCAACUCCCGCUAAUGCGGUGGACGAGCUCAUGCUCCAUCUGCACCUCGGUGGCGUGGCUUGUACGGGCAGACUGACCAGCUACAGCAACUGGGAUUCGUUGUCGUUGCCGGCGCACGGCACCAUCAUUCGAACCUGGUGCGGCGCGAGCAUGGACGGACUGGAUCCAAAUGUGCUCGAAUGCGACGAAGCUACUCGUCUGAUCGAGCUGCACGGCACGCUGGGGCGCAAGCUCAUUCGUGGUGUGAUGGAUUUUUGCCUCUCGAGUGAGUACAGCCCGUCUCUUCUCGCACUACUCGAGGUGUGUUGGAGGGGACCCAUCGUCGGGGCAAAGGACGCGUCGGGCACAGCCUACGGACCAGGGGACUGCCAGUGCGACAUCAACGGCGAGCACACGGCGGCAAUGCUGAGCAUGGAGAAUCUGCCGGCGUUCACCCACAUGUACGAGUCAGCCCGCAAAAACGCAGCGUCUCGCAAUCGCGUCUUCGCUGGCAUCGAGGUGAAGCUAGCCCUCGAUGAUCUACCCCCCGCCAUGAGGACCAUUCCCUGCCCGCUGGAGAGAGUGCUGCGUGUCGUCCCACUAUGGGGCGGCAUCGGGGAGACCUUCGGUACCAUGGGAGCCGCGCAUGCAGCCUGGCGAUCUGUCGGCAAGGACGACAAUAGGAAGAUGUGGUCGGGCAUCUGCGCGGCAGAGUCGCCGGCAACUCUUGAGCGACUAAUCCGCGAGCUGAUGUCGCGGGAGGACAGGGUCGUUUGUGCGGUCACGGGAGAACACGGUGGAGCCGGGAAAAGCUACUGCACUCUCCGGGCUGCGAAAGCCGUCUUCAAGACCGGUCUUGUGCUGACGCCCACGAACAACCUUCGCACGUCGUACACCGACCGGCCCUCCGGGAAGACCGCGGGCUCGAUACAUAUCCCGAGGGUGGACGUUGUCAUAAUCGAGGAAGCUGCGUACAUGUCUCUCCAUGUGCUCAGCAUGAUCCUCGCCGCGGCUCACAGCAACGGCGUCCACGUCAUCGGAACGUACGACACGCACCAGCUGCAGCCCGUUCGUGAGAACAGCGACAUGUCCAUCAGCGUGGACAACGUCGACCGUUUGUUGUACAUCUUGGAUGCGGGAGACAACAGUGCCGAGGCGCAGACCCGAGCCCUGGAGAGGUUUGGCGGGGUACAUCCGACAAGAAACGAGCCACACGUUUCCGAUUUCCACCUCGAUUAUACCAGGGAUUGUGCGAGGUUCCAUGCUUUUCGGGGUUUGACGAGAUGGAACGAGACCGGGGGGUGGGACGCGCUAGGAAAAACCAGGGUGGUGGGUGCUCAGUAUCGAAACCUCGGGAAGACAGGGAAGGUGCACAAGAUCCACGCCCACCACAUCGUCCGCUCGUCUGAUGAUUCCGUUGUCGUGCAAAAGAUCCUGUUUGACCCCCCGGGCUCGUGCACGGUGCAUGCGGUUCAAGGUCGCACAGUGGACGGAAAAUUGGUGAUUCACCAGGCUCGACAGCGGUUUUUAGACUUAUUCUGGCUAUCCACAGCCAUCAGCCGAGCGACGGGGCCCUCAAAUGUCGUAGUCCUCGAUGACGUCCAUCGGAGCAACAUGCCCGAACAGGCCAGGAGGUCGUGGGCGACCAGGAAGGUCUCGAGCUACCUGCGCGCCGAUGUUACGGCCGGGCGGCUGUACGAAGGGGAAGGGGGGCAGCACAAGAACGCCCUCGUCCAAGCGCUCGUGACCUCAAACGGCGAAAGAUGCAACUCAUAUUCGAUCGAGCUCGUCUGGGCAGUGUCUCUGAACAAGAAUGUAUGGAAGGUCAGGCUUCAGUGGAUGGAAACAUACGGCGCUAGCCACAACGGCGGUCCCGUCAGGAACGAGCUACAGUCGUUGCAGAGGCUCAUAAAAAGGGAGGCAUCGAAGGCGAAGAAGACGAAGGGACAACGGCUCAAGCAGCUCAAGACGGCCGAGGAGCGGGUCCUCAUGUCUGCCACAUUAGAUCUCCCCGCCAAAUGCCUGGAUCUUGUAGAGUGGGUCAGCGUGGCAUGUGGACAAUCCUCGCUGGCGCUCCAAAGGAAGAGCGCGACAGUCACAACGGAUGGAGUCGCGGACCAGCUCUAUAGGCCGUGGGUUUUCGAGAGUGUUUGACGCACCGGCGACAAAAAUAUCAUCGGUCGCGAUAUAGACCGCUCCGGGUCAAGAGUACUUCAUCCAUAAAAGCAUCCAUUUCCCUCUUGUAGCACCACACGUGAACACACAUUCUCCUCUUCGAGGAAAAACCCGAAGAUGUGAGAAACGCCAAGAUCCUUGGACGACUGACGUCGAUUCCACCCAACCCUACAUAUCUCGUCUUCGACCCCGGAAGGAAGCACCCAUAUUCCGUCUUCGCGUUCGCUAUUUCCCCUAACCAGAAUGUUCAAUGGCUACUUGACACCUCUGACUGGACGGACAACGCAAGAGUUUUUUGGAAAUAUGCCUAGCCCAGCCUGGGCACACAGACAGACAGACCGGCGGCCGGAACGAGGAACACGGUAACAUCCAUUUUUCUAGUUCUUCCAUCAAGAUUAAGAGGUUUAAAAUGGGCAAAAUUGGCAGCAAUGGCGAAAAAUAUAAUUUAAUAAUUUUUAUGCAUUCUUUUCAAAAACAUUAUUAUAACGUAGUUCAAAAAGAUUUAAUGGGACAUCUCCCCUGCGGGUAACAGGCUCAACAAAUCAGUUUGGUAGCUGUCUUGUGUGUCUCAUAUAUGUUAUGUUGGGAAGGUGCAGACGAGAGGUAUUGGGUACUGUUGGUUAGUCGGGCGUUUUGUGUGUGGCACCCUGUUAGUUGUAGGACAUACAGUCUCCAUCAGUUUACAUGCGUAUUUUCAGUUUGGUAUGCAUAUGUGCGGAGUAUGUGCGGCUGAUUCCAUCUCUAUCAUAGAAAAG